AUGUUUGACGGAGCUGCUCAGUUUACCACCAUUAGUAAACUGCAUUUUAAGAUAGUAUUGGAUACUCUGGGCGACAGUCCAUUAGUUUUCAUACAUGAUCUUAGCAGCAAUGGAACUUUUGUUAAUGGCUGCAAAAUAGGGCGUAAUAAAAAGCGACCACUGAAUAACAAUGAUGAAAUUUCAGUGUCACUGAAAAAUUUGAAAUGUUUGAGUCCAUUUUAA